UUUAUCAAAGCAUGGAUUUUAUAUUUAUCAAGCAUUAGUUUUCAAUUAAAAUCAAAUUUCUUGUGAAUAUUAUAAAUCAAUCUGUAACAUUUGUUGACAUUAUUUAAGAAGUUGCAUACUCAAUCUAAUCUAAUCUAAACAAAUCAAAGAAUAUAAACGAGAACAGAAAUUUGUCUGAGCAAUUUCUUUUGUGAGUGUUGUCGCUAUAGUCAUUGACUGUAAAAAAGAAACGAUAAGCGUAAAUCUCUUAGCUUAAAAGCUUAAAGGAAUUUAUCGAAAAAUUUGUCACAUUUCCUCUUGCUGAUUGAAAAAUAUCGCGUUGGAAAUCGAGCUUGAUUUAGUUUGUAAUCGACUAUUGCAGUAUAAUGAAGUAUAUUUUAUAUUUUUUGGGACUUUUAGCUGUGACGCAUCAAGCAUCUGCUCAGUUGCAAUGCGUCAGUUGUACAAAUUGUGCAAACGUUGCAAAUCAACCAAGAGUGACAUGUACUGUUCCGACACCACCAAUCCCAACAGAUCCUCCCACAACACCAACUGGAGGAACGACAACAACAACACCUGUAGGACCGACUACAACGACUGGUCAGGAAACUGCACCUCCUGGGGGACCAGUGACACCACCCACAGUCAGCUUGACACCAGUUCCCCCGACAACGCCACCAGUAGCAGAUCCUACACCACCCAAUACGCCAAUCACACCGCAACCUCCUAUUUUGACCCCACCUGGUGGAAUACCUGGAACAGAUGUUCCAACCACAGUACCAACCACAGUACCAACCACAGUUCCAACCACAACACCUGAAGAUCCAAAUGCUCCAACUUUCACUCCCCCGGCUAUCCAAUCAAAAUAUCAAAGAAAUAUAGAAGAAGCCACUGCAGCACCAACAGUACCACCAAAUCAAAAUCCAGCACUUUUCAGCUGUUUCACAACUGUUGUUCAAGUUGGCAAUGAAGGUCAAACCCAAAUCAACAGAGGAUGUGUUAGGAAUGGUGGAAAUACUGCACAUACAUGUAGGAGAACAAAUAACUACAAUGAACCUCAAAGUUGUGAGCUUUGUUCAUCAAAUGAAUGCAACAAUUCAAGUUCAAGUGCAUUAUUGUCGUCCAUUUUACUGGUUUUUGGAUCAAUUUUCCUAAUUAAUCGACUUGUGUGAAUGAUGUAAAGUGUUAAGUUCGUAAUGAUUUGUAUGGAAAACUGUAUGAAACUUUGUUGGAAUAUAAAUAAUUACUUAAUAAAAACGAAAAGAAAAUAAAAAGAUUGAGAUAUCGUAUUAUGAAUUAUGAAAUG